GACGCGUGAGUCGGCAAUACGCGCAGUCAGCGCAGUGCACUCCAAGAUUUCGUGUAGUGUGCUUUGUAGUUACCGGUUAUUAUUUAUUGAGCAAAAGAAUUUUUCUAUUUUGUAUUAUAAAUAUCAAUUUCAUUCAUUAUGACAGAAAAUCGCAAGGAAGUAAGGGUGUGGUGUGAUGGAUGCUAUGACAUGGUGCAUUUUGGCCACGCGAAUUCUUUGCGUCAAGCGAAGGCAUUAGGUGAUUAUCUAGUUGUGGGUGUACAUACAGAUGAAGAAAUUACUAAGCAUAAGGGACCACCAGUAUUUAUGGAACAAGAAAGGUACAAAAUGGUUCGUGGUAUCAAGUGGGUAGAUGAGGUAGUUGAAGGAGCACCUUAUGUUACGACUUUAGAAACAUUAGACAAAUACAAUUGUGAUUUUUGUGUUCAUGGUGAUGAUAUCACAAUGACAGCGGAUGGUGUAGACACGUAUCAUUUGGUCAAAGCAGCAGGUCGUUAUAGGGAAGUUCAAAGAACAGCUGGUGUAUCAACAACUGAUCUAGUAGGCCGAAUGCUGUUAAUGACACGGCAACAUUUUAAACAAGGAGAUAGUGAAUAUAGUGUUGAUAGAGAACCUAGUAAAAGCAUGGGUCAAGAUAGAACAGCUCGAAGUCCAUGGACAGGUUGUUCACAAUUCUUACCUACUACACAAAAAAUUAUCCAAUUCAGUGAUGGGAAAAGUCCACAACCUGGAGAUAAAAUAGUUUAUGUAGCAGGAGCAUUUGAUCUUUUUCAUGUUGGUCAUUUAGAUUUCCUAGAAGUUGCAAAAAAAGAAGGUGAUUAUCUUAUAGUUGGACUUCAUACAGAUCCAGUGGUUAAUAGAUACAAAUAUGGUAAUCAUCCAAUUAUGAAUCUUCAUGAAAGAGUACUUAGUGUGCUGGCAUGCAAAUAUGUUAAUGAAGUAGUAAUUGGGGCUCCAUAUGAAGUUACUAAAGAUCUUAUGGAACAUUUUGAUGUAGCUAUUGUUUGUCAUGGUCAGACUCCUAUCAUGCCUUCUGAGGAUGGUUCAGAUCCAUAUACUGAACCUAAAAGACAGAAUAAAUUUAAAUUAUUGGAUAGUGGUAAUGACAUGACUACAGAGAAAAUUGUUGAACGCAUAAUUCUUCACAGAUUGGAAUUUGAAAAUAGGAAUUUAAAGAAGGAAAAAAAAGAACAAGCAGCUUAUGAAGCCUUUAUAAAGUCUCAGAAAAAAGAAAGGACUGAAUAAUUUAUUCUAUACACUCAAAGUGUAUGAUAAUUAUAUUUUAUGGAACAUAUUUGUAAAUAUAUCACACUAAUAUUUAAAUUAUUUAAUUCUAUUUGAAAAUAUGUGUGGUUUAAAUAUUUAUAACCAUGCUAAAUAUUUAAGGUAUUAACAUAUUAUAGACAAUUUUUUUUUCCAACAACUCAACGACAAAAACAAAUACAACGAUAAAGGUAUGCAAAAAAUUGUGAAUAUUUGUAAACUUAAAUAUUUCUAAUUAGGAAGGUUUAGAGAAGCUUAUUUUAUGUUACAUGCUAAGUCUAAAUAUGCACACAUAUAUAUAAAUCUGGUAUUAAAACUUGGUACUAGGACAUUAUUAAUAAGCUUUUGAUUAUGUAUCAUGGUGUGAAUAUUAUAUAAAAAUGAAACUUUUACAAUGUUAGAUUUUACUUAUAUAUUUUAUGUAUUUUUUUACAGAGAUUUUAUCAUCAUAUUUGAGGCAUUGUUUAUUUUUUUGACAAUAUAUGUACUAUUUUAUUAUUAUAAUUAAUCUAUAUGAAAUUAAAAAUUUAAGAAAAUGAUUUUAUAAACAUUUUACAACCAAAACAUGUAUAUUUUUAAUUUCAUAGUCACUUAGUUAAAUCUAGUUUAUAAUUGGAUUCUUUUUUUAUAGCACAUAAAGUGGAAAUAGUAAAUAAAUUUAUAAGUGUAAAUUGUUAAAUCUAUCUUAUUAACUCUUAAACGAUUGAUUUGUGGAAUGUUAUGAUUAUUUUUAAAUCUGUUUUUACAUUAAAUAUUUUUUCUUAUAACUUAGAAUAUAGUUGGAGUAUGACUAUAAUAAUUUUGCAUAAUUAUUUGGAAGGAAAGAUAGCUAUAUAUAUUCUUCAUAGCACAUAAACACACAAUAUUAUAAUAAUUAAAGAUAAUAGUAACAUAAUUAUUUAAAUAAAUUGUUUAUUAUAGUAUUAUUGUUCUAUGAAAUGUACUGUAAUUUUGUGCAUUUGCAAUCGAUAUUUUUUUUACGAUAUUUAAUUGUGCAGUAUUUGUAGAUUUAUUGUGUAUACAAGAAAUAAUAUUUGUAUUCAUUAUUAUCAAAUACAUGUGUAUUUAAUUAAUACGAAUUAACAAUGCAUUGUACAAGGAAAAUGUACAUUUAUAAACAAAUGUUAAAAUUGUAAAAUAAAUCGUAAGUGCCACAUUUUGUAACAUAAUCAUGUUACAUUAUUUUUACUUGAAACUAAAUAUUAACCAAAGAUACAUUUUGAUCGUGAUACAAAGUAGGCAAUCUGUUCUACGUUUUUAUUUUGCUCAUAUUACGCUCUUAUUAUCUGUAGACUGAAAUCUAUUUGAUGUAGAAUUUUUUUUCUUAUAUGCUUUACUUUAUUUAAGUAAAGUUGAUUGUUAUAAAUUGUAUCUACAGGGGCGGACUGGCUAUUGGGAGGUUUGGGAAAAUUCCCGGUCAGGCAGUAGGGUUUAGAGGUUUUACGGACUUGGAUCCGUUCUAUGUAGAAUUGUAAUCUCCCAGUAAAAUUUAUAGAGAUAUAAAGAUAGAAUACGCGAGUCGUAUGUUAGCGCGAAAGUGGAUGCGAUGUGGGAAUUGAAAGAGAACUCUGCAUAGGACCUUUCUGUUCUUGUCUAAUCAGGCAUGCAACUGACGCCCCGCUCGCUAAUUGAGUUACACACAUAUAUUUACUGUACGAAUGUAAAUGCGUAUUAGAUAAGAACACAAGAGGUCCCAUGUUUUUAUUUCUACAAUAAAAAUUCAAGUCCUAGUCCGCCCUUGUAUCCUAAUUUAUAUACGCGCUAUUGCACAUCAUUACCAAUCCCUCGGUAAUGUUAUAUUCAUAAACAUGUAAUAGAAUGACAUGCUAUAAAAUAUUACGAAAUGGAGCGAUCGAUUUAAUUUCUAUCAAUAAUUUAAUAUUCCUAAAAGUGUGACAUGCAUAAAGAUGUAGUGAUGUUUUAUUUUGCAAUAAAUAACUUAUAUGCGAU